GUUAAGUUUGUCGCAUUCUCCAACAUCAUUCUUCGCAUCAUACACCUCCCUCGUUUUCACACAUCCUGCAAACCAGUCUUCUGCAACCGCAUCUUCACCGUCCAGCACCCGCCGCCGACAUGUCGAACCUUGCAGACAUCUUAGAGAAUGAAGUCAUUCCAACCGCUCCGCCAACUGAGGAGAAGUCAACCCAGUCAGCCCAUGAGCAACUCGCGGAAUUGACAGCCAAGGCAACUGCAGAAUAUGCCGUCAAGCACUACUCCGAAGCAGCCGAGCUAUACUCCCAGGCCACAGAGUUGCAAGCCGAGGUGAAUGGGGAGAUGGCACUAGAAAAUGCAGACCUAUUAUACUCAUACGGAAAAUGUCUUUUCUUCCUCGGGCAGCAGACCAGCUCGGUCCUAGGCGGCACUGCAGCGUCGGCGCAACUGUCGAAUACCAAGAAGAAAACAACGUCAAAAAAGCGCAAAUCUACGGGGCAUGCCAAUGGUUCUACAAACGGCGCGCAAACAGGUGAAAGCUCCAAGGCAGCCGGCGCAGUCGCAGAAGAAUCAGUGCCCAAUGUGGGCGACGUGAUCCCAGAACAGGAUGUGAAGCAAGAGGACAGCACCACCGAUACACCAUUCUUCCAAAUCACUGGCGAUGACGAGAAUUGGGAUGAGUCUGAUGAUGAGGAAGCAGACCAGGAUCAAGAGGCCGAGGGAGAUGAAGAAGAAGACGAUGAUUUUGCAACCGCAUACGAACUCAUGGAUCUGGCUCGCGUCCUUUACCUGAAGAAGUUGGAUCAGACUCAAGAAUCUGUUCUUGAAGACUCGGAAAAGGGCAAAUACGUCGCAUCAAUAGAUCUGACGCCCGAAGUCAAGAACCUCAAGAAUCGAGUCGCGGACAUCUAUGAUCUACAGUCAGAGGUCUCGUUGGAGGGCGAAAAGUAUUCAGAUGCGGUGACUGAUCUCAAGAACUGCCUAGCAUUAAGAGAGGAGCUCGAGUCUCCGGAGUCCAGCAUUCUGGCCGAGUGCCACUACAAACUUAGCCUGGCACUUGAGUUCAGUUCUCAAACACAACAGCGCGAUGCAGAUGGAAAUCCUAGUGGCGACCUCGAAGUGGACUGGGGGAUUCGAAAUGAAGCGAUAGCUCAACAAGAAAAGGCGAUUGAAUGCUGCAAGCUACGAAUAUCCAAAGAGUCGGCAGCGCUUGAGAAGAUGGAAGCGGGUCCACCGAAAGACAAGGCGAUGGCGCAAGUUGAGGAUGUCCAAGACAUGGUUGGGGAGAUGGAUGUGCGACUGGCCGAACUUCGCAAACCGCCUGUCAGUGUCAAGGCCGAGACCGAGAUGAAAGAACAGAUUUCGGGUGUCUUGGGUAGCCUGCUAGGCAGUGGCGCCACGGACCAGGAAAGGAAAGAGAAACUGGCGCAGGUAUCGGAAACAGCGAAUGAUCUAACAGGACUGGUCAAGAGAAAGAAACCGAAGACGAGUGGCCUUGACAGCGGUAUCGGGUCUGCUGCAUCAACACCGGCUGCAACAGAGGCCUCGGAAGCAGGUCCGGCAGCCAGCAAGGGCAAACGCAAGGUUGAGUUUGUGGACGAAGUUGAAGACGGUCAGAGCGAUAAGAGAACGAAGGUAGAAGACGUGGUAUAAUGUUGCGAGAUGUGAUUGAGAAGUGGUGUCUGCGGCGAACACAGGAUCGGCAAGAGAGACGUGGGAGCUCGCCAACUGUUCAGCUGCUGUUUGAGGUCAAUGGCCUCUACACUAUACGAGUACCAUUGAUGUGAUUGUAUCUGAUAUCCAUCAGGCGGAUUUAAGUUGUUCCGGUAAUCAUAAGCUAGGCCCACUUGGUAUCAGGCGGAUCACGUGAGAUAUGCCGACGACGAGGUCCUUUCUUCUUGCGUUUUUCGUUAGCAC